CAGCUAGUUGAUGAAUUUCAGCUGCUCACACAGGAAAUGAAAACAGCAGUUUAACUGAAGCUGUGAGGCUCGACUACACUUCCCUUUACACACAUUUAAGAAGUUAAACAGAAAAAGGAUUUGGUAGUAAAAUGCCACAACAAAACAGCUUUAGUUUAAAAAGUGUGCCGCUCAUAUUCCUGCUGAUAUUUGGUAUAUUUUGGAAACACUGUGACUCUCAGGUGAACAGAGAAGAUGAAGCCAACAAACCUCCAGAUGGACCCGGCGGUGACGGCGGUGCCUUCUUCGCCAUGCGGAGCUGCCACCGGCUGCUGCACGGCGACACCGGCGAGUUCUUCUCCCCGGACUACCUGUGCUCCAACCCGCCUCUGUGGUGCAACUGGACCAUCCAGGUGGACCCCGCAAAGAGGAUCCACCUGCACCUGGAGGACCUGAGCUCCGAUGACGGCUGCUUUCUCAAAGAGGACCAGGUCCACGUGGACGAGCCCCCCGGGGGUUUCAGGGGUCAUAAGAUCCUGCAGAAGUGCUGGCGGGAGGCCAAGUACACCUCCUCCUCAAACACCCUGUAUGUGGUGGUGCUGAUUGGCGGCUGGCCCAGCCCGCCUUACAGGGGCUUCUAUGGCCGCUACCAGGCAUUUGGACCGCCAGUGGUUUACAACCCACAUGAGGGAUUCCUAGAGACAAACAGGAAGUCCGAACCUUCUCCUGGACUCAUGGACUUCAACGAACUUGUCAUGGACGGUGAACAGAUGGACUUGGAUUUGCCAGAGCUUCCAUCAACAGGAAAUACUGAUUUUGUGUACGAUUAUUAUGGUCAAUACUCAGGUACAGCGGCUGAGCUGGACCACAAGGACGCAAACACUAAGAUUGAUGAAAACCAACCUCUAGAGUUGGAAUUCUACAACCACAUCUACCCGUCCAAACCUGCACCCACAGAGGCGGCAUCCACACUGGGGACCUCUCGAUCCGGAAGAGGUGCAGCUCCAACACCUUCAGACCAGUCCGACUCCGCCGACCCUCCAGCAUCUCCACAGCAGCAACACGGCGGUCAGGACCAGGAGCCCCAACCAACCACAAGCAGCCCAAUCACAAUACAAGUUGACGUGGAGGAAGAUUCGACACAUCCACAGGAAGCUGCUGUUCCAGAGGAGGAGAACCCGUCAGACGGUGAGAACAGGACGGAGGUCUGGGAGGGUCCUGUCCCCUCCGAAGCACCUGAACCAGAGGACACUGAGCAGACUCAUCCUCAUCCCAACAUGGUGGAGCCGCUGUCGGACCACAGAGGGAACCUCAACAUUAGAAAUCACUCUGAAAUUCCACAUCUUCCUGGCGAUCACCUGUUUGAAGUGGCUCUUGAGGUGAACUUUAGACCGGAUUCUGAGGAGUCCUGGGACAUCCUAUCCGGGUCACUGCUGCUGUCGGUAAAGACUUUGAUCAGUGAGCAGCUGAAGUCUCUGCAUACCCCGCUGUCCAUGUCGACUAAAAGAAUAAAAAGGCUGAGCACAGGAGUGCUGUACAUCCUCUGGCUGCAGAUUGCACAGCAGCCCGGGGGUCUGCAGGUCCACAAGGUCGUCCACUCCGGCCUGCAGGGCCUCAUCGGCACGGGGAUCGAAGUCAGCGAACACCACGGGAAGGCCGUCCUCAUCUCUGUGUCGAUCGCAGAUGUAAACGAGUGUGGGACUCAGCUGGUGCUGUGUGACGUUAACGCCGACUGCUUGAACCAGUUCGGGUCGUACUCGUGCCGCUGCAGACCGGGCUUCCAGGACAAGUCUCGCCUCGGGUCUGGAGGAACCGUCUGCGCUGAUGCAAAGGCUGCAGGUUGCACCUCGGGCCUGUCUGCUGAGACCAAAGGCGUCUACGUGCUCUUCUUCCUGCUCAGCUUCCUCAUCCUCGUGCUGCUGGCGGCGGCCGGCCUGCUGUACCACCGUCACCGCCGGGGGGCUUUUCUGGUUCGGUGCCACAGCAGCGACAGCGUCUCUCUUCCUGAUAACAACAACCACCACCACCAUCACGGCGACUCCGACCUGCCCCCCACCCCCACCUGCCAGGGGCCUCAGGGAGGGCUGGCCUCAGGUGAAGGAGCGCUGCCCGGUCAUCGACCUGCCGCUGCUGAGCUUCAGCCCGCUGCUGCUGCCGCCGGACGGCUUCAUGGAGUCAAAGGACGGCGGGAAGAAGUGACCAUACGUUAA